CUUGUGUAUUGAAUGGCAACUUCAUCCCUCCAAUAUCAACUGUCCUCAUUGUCCACAAGUAGUAACGAUUAUUCCACGCUGUAGGCGACAGCGUCCGAAACCUUGUUGAACUGACCUACCCGUUGGCCAUGAACGAGCUUUAGUUGAACCAUAAGCCGUAUUGUCCCAGAGUCCUGGCCGUGAAGGUUAUCUUUACAAGCGAGAUUCAUCGAGGCAUCUUUGCAAUAUGGGUGGGCUAAACGUCGUCGCACUCAUCUCCGGCGGCAAAGAUUCAUUCUUUUCCAUGCUUCAUUGCCAGCGCAACGGACAUCGAAUAGUCGCGCUGGCAAAUCUGUAUCCAUCACAGGGCGGCCGUGAUGCUGCCGUUGAAGAUUCUGAAAGCUACAUGUACCAGACCAUCGGCCAUGCUGUCAUACCUCAAUAUCAAGAUGCCUUGCAACUACCACUCUAUAGACAAGAGAUCCUUGGUUCAGCCGUCAACCAAGCCAAAUCAUAUGGACCGGCGACACUGGGAUCAUCGGCAACUUCCACCGAGUCAGACGAGACUGAAUCGCUCAUGCCAUUGCUCCGCAAAGUCCUGCAAGCCCAUCCGGAGAUCAAUGCCGUCAGUAGCGGUGCUAUAAUGUCCGAUUAUCAACGUACCCGAGUGGAGUCCGUUGCUAUCCGCCUCGGACUUGUACCGCUCUCAUAUCUCUGGCAAUGGCCGUCUCUAGCUGGCCAUUCGCAAAGCUCGCUUUUGGAGGACAUGUCGACUGUAGGUCAGGAUGCACGCAUCAUCAAGGUAGCCUCCGGUGGCCUUGAUGAGAGCUUUCUCUGGCAAAAUGUAGCGGAUCAUCGUACAAUUACUCGUCUUACCAACGCCGCUCGGAGGUUUGGGGCACCAGACGACGGCGCUGUACUUGGAGAAGGCGGUGAAUAUGAGACGCUUUGUGUCGCAGGCCCAGCACCACUGUGGAAAGGUCGCAUUGUCAUCAAUCCGGAGUCUAUGCAGACCGUGCCCGGAGAAGCUGGAUCUGCGGCAGUCCGCGUUCUCGACUCAAGCGUAACGCCCCUUACUGAUUGCAGCCCAAUUGUAGAGGUUCCUAAACCUGCAAUACUAGACGAUCCCUUCCAGCAGAUUAUUGAUCGACUCGUGGAAAAUCAGACAACCCAAGAGAGUUCGUCCGAGAUCAAAGAAUCAUUGCGGCCCGGAAAGCCUUUUCAGACUCUGGACAGCGUAACGGACUCUGUUGAACAGGAAGGUGAUGUGAUUCUGCUAUCUGCGUUGACCGGGAAAGGGUCCUCGGCGAGCGAACAAACCCAAUCGAUCAUGGCUGAGGCUGUAGCACGGGUAUCGAAUAUGGGGUUGCAAACCAGUGACAUCGCAUACACUACAAUCAUACUUCGGGACAUGCACGAUUUCGCCGCCGUCAACGACGCUUAUCGAACAUACUUCACGGAGCCUAACCCAGCAGCGAGAUUGACCAUCGCAUGCGCCGAGGUUUUGCCAGCAGACAGUCUGCUCAUGAUGAGCAUGACCGUGGCACCGGGUUCGCGCGAAGGUCUGCAUGUCCAAUCAAGAUCGUAUUGGGCGCCUGCCAACAUUGGACCAUAUUCCCAAGCGAUUCGCUUCCCCACUAACCCUCAAACACCGGCCACGGACGCUACAGUAUUCGUAUCAGGACAAAUUGCAUUGGAACCUGCAUCAAUGGAUAUAUAUUGCCCUGCGCACACGUCACCGGCAAUCUCUUUUCUGCACGAGGCCGUAUUAGCAUUGCAGCAUCUUGCGCGCAUCGGUAAAUGCAUGAAGGUUCUCUUCUGGACAAAUCCAGUCGCAUUUGUAGCCUCAACAAAUGAUGACGAUAUUCAGCAUCGGGUCCAACUGGCGAGAUGUGUUUGGAAGGCAUACAUUGAGUCGACGGCCGCUGGUAAUGAUUCCCCCGAUGUCGAUGAGCGCGAAGAUUUCGACGUCUGGCAUCUACAAAAUCGCCGUGGGCCAGGACGACAACAGACCAUCGUUCACGCAGUCGAGGGCCAUGAAUCGUGUGGCCCUUUGACAGUGAUCGUGGUCGACUCUUUACCACGAGGUGCCGCGAUCGAAUGGGUGGGCACGGGUAAACAUGCACGAACGGACAUGGCAUUGCCUGAAUCAUUCCACUUGAAAGAUGUCCUUCGCACACUCGAACGAUUUUCCGAAAGAUUCUAUGCCGAUAUGUAGUAGUUUCGUGACAACAGGACGAAUGGAGUCGGUUGCUCCAUCACAAUAUCUGUGCAUUGGCGCUCAAGGAAUCAGGGAAAAGCAGCUCGAAACCAAUCGCAGAUUUGACCGAUCAUUUCAUACUAUACAGGCGCCAGCCAUGGCGAAACUGCGAUUCUGCUCAUCACACAUCGAUUGCUUUUACAUGCUCAUGGCAUUGAUCAGAAUCAACAAAGCCGAAGUGUAAGCGGCGAUGUAUCCAAAUACUUCUAUUGGUUGCAAUAUAUUGCACACUAUGCAUUCCAUGGUCGCAGGUCCAGAAUUGCAAUCAGUCAUAACUGCUGUCAGCCCGUG